AUGGUAGCUGCCUGUAGAUGGGCGGAUGCUGCACAGAAGCUGGGAAAUGGACAAGAUGAUUGUAUAGCAGCAUAUGAGAGAGCUUUCACACUACUACCAGAAGUUGUUUGGUUAGGGAAGUCAGUAGCAAACCAGUAUGCUGAUCUGGCUAGGUGGAACACACUUGCAACUCAAGCAGCAAAUAUUGCAAUUUAUCUGGGACAAUACCAAAGAGCUGUGGAAUGGCUUGAACAAGGGAGAUCUAUCACAUGGAAUCAGCUCCUCCAGUUGCGCACCCCUCUUGAUGAAUUACAAAGUGCCCACCCAGUUCUCUCUGAUGAACUCAAAUCUGUGUUCCAACACCUUGAGAUGCUGAGUCAUGACAGAGAAAAGUCUGCUGUGCACAACCAUAUGACAAUGGAACAGAUUGGCCAGUUUCGCAGAAGGCUUGCCAUGAGAAGGGAUGAGCUGGUACAGGAAGUGAGAACUCUACCAGGAUUCAAGGAUUUUUUGAGGGCAAAGCCAUUUUCUGAGCUCCUUGAUGCUGCCAAUGAUUCACCAGUUAUCUACUUGGUUCUGGAUGAUCAUGCCUCAUGUCAUGCAGAUGCACUUAUAUUGAUGCCAGGCCAAAAUUCUGUGAUCCAGAGUAUGCAUGAGUCCUUGCAGACACACUUGGGUGGACAAACUGUGCGCAGUGCACAGAAUGUUUCUGAACAUGCUGCAAAGUUAGUUUCCAUAAGUGGUUCCAAUGUCUUGCAUAUGCAUGACAUACUCAGCCAACUGUGGAACAACAUUGUCAAUCCAAUCAUUCAAGCUCUAGAACUUCCAAUUGUGACAGACCACCCUCCCCCUCACAUUUGGUGGUGCAUGACAGGUCCCCUUACCUUCCUGCCAAUACAUGCUGCAGGGGACUAUAGCAUGGAUGAGCCUGGCCAUAAGAUAUCUGACUACAUGGUAUCCUCAUACACUCCAACUCUCACUGCAUUAAUCAAGGCUAGGCAGAAGGCUGCCAAUCCUAGUCCAGCCAUAUUGGGCAUCUGCCAAACUCAAGCUUUGGGCUAUUCUGUGCUACCAGCAGUUGCCCAAGAGUGGAGUGGCAUAGAAGACAUAGCUGCCAAGACACACAGCAGCACAGAUAGCCUGCAUGACAGUGCUGCUACACUUGAGAAUGUCUUAAGCAAGAUGCAGACAGCCCAAUGGGUGCACUUGGCUUGUCAUGGGAUUCAAGACUCUGAAAACUCCAUAGAGAGUGCAUUCAUACUCCACAAUGAUGCUCUGAAGCUCUCUAGGAUUGUUCAGCAGGACCUAGACCAAGCAGACUUUGCUUUCCUAUCAGCAUGCCAAACUGCCACAGGUAACAUCAAGCUCUCUGACCAGGCAGUACACCUUGCUGCAGGCAUGCUGUUUGCUGGGUUCAGGUCUGUCAUAGCCACUAUGUGGUCCAUCAGAGACGAAGACGGGCCUGAGGUUGCUAGAGAUGUCUAUGCUCACCUGUUGGCUACCAAGGAUAGCGAAGAUGCUGCAGAUGCCCUGCACAUGGCUGUACAGAACCUCAGGAAGAAGUACCCUGGAACCGAGGACAAGGACAUCCUAGCUUGGGCUCCGUUCAUCCAUAUGGGCUGUUGA